UCCUCUGCCAAGAAACCUCUGUCACCUGCUCUCAGAUAGCCGGGUGAGCGGCACCAGGAGCGGAGCGAAGCCAAGAGGCACCAGCACCCCCCCGGGGCUGGGCCGUCCGGUGGGUUUUCGCCUCGCUCUCUCCUCCGGGGCUGCAGCGCUCGGGCUCCGGGCAGAGCACUUUGCAGGCAGGGAGGGAGCUUGGGCUGCCGGAGAAUGGCAGCAGGAUUAAACUAGGAGGGCACGGCUAUCCGGGAGAGGAAAUACAGGCGCCCGGGACACCGUGGGAGACGGGAGAGGCUUCUCGACGCCGCUGCCAGUCCUGCGAAGCGACAUGAGUCUCAAGGGAUCCCUCAGUAGCAGCCCUGGCUCAGCAAAUGGCAGCAUGGGCAAAGCGGACGGAGCCUCCAAGCUGAGCGCAAAGGACCUGUAUGAGCAAAGGAAGAAAUACUCCAAUUCCAACAUCAUUAUGCACGAGACUUCACAGUACCAUGUACAGCACUUGGCCACCUUCAUUAUGGACAAGAGCGAAUCCAUUGUGACAGUGGAUGAUGCCAUCAGAAAACUCAUGUUGCUCAGUUCAAAAGAGAAGAUCUGGACCCAGGAGAUGCUGCUGCAAGUGAAUGACAAGUCCAUCCGCCUGCUGGACUGCGAGUCGCAGGAGGAGCUGGAGGAAUUCCCUCUGCCAACAGUCCAGCACUGCCAAACGGUGCUGAAUCAGAUGCGCUAUUCCUCCAUCCUCCUCCUGGUAUGCCAGGAUUCGGAGCAGCACAAACCAGACAUUCACUUCUUCAACUGCGACGAGGUGGAGGCGGAGAUGGUUCAUGAGGACAUAGAAAGCGCCUUGGCAGACCACAAGCAUGGAAAGAAGAUUCGGCCACAGACACUCAAAGCAAAUCAAGAAAAGAUAAAGCAGAGACAGUCUAUCCUCCCACCGCCUCAAGGGCCGGCUCCCAUCCCUAUCCAGCAUGACAUGCGAGGCUCACCGAUGAACCGGAACCGGGUGGCACCUCCUUCCCAGCAUGAUUCAGACUAUGAACCACGAGGUUCCAGCUCCCAGGACCACGAAGAGUCCCGAGCCAUCUUAGCACAGAAAAUUGAAAAAGAAACGCAAACUCUGAACUGCACUCUGGAUGACAUUGAAGUGUUCGUUGCCAGGCUUCAGAAGGCUGCAGAGGCAUUCAAACAGCUCAACCAAAGGAAGAAAGGGAAGAAGAACAAGAAGAAAGGACCAGCAGAGGGAGUACUGACUCUUCGAGCAAGACCCCCAAGCGAGGCUGAGUUCAUCGACUGCUUCCAGAAAACCAAACUGGCUUUUAACCUCUUGGCCAAACUGAGAAAGCACAUCCAGAACCCAAGUGCUGCAGAGUUGGUGCAUUUCCUAUUUGGGCCGCUGGAACUGAUUGUCAAUAGCUGCGGUGGCCCCGAGCUUGCCAGGUCUGUCCUCAGUCCACUUCUUUCUAAAGAUGCCACAGAUUUCCUCAGAGGACACCUGACACCAAAAGAGAUGAGCCUCUGGGACUCUUUGGGAGAGACAUGGACCAGAUCCAGAGCUGAAUGGCCUCGAGAAGCAAACGUCCCAAGCUACAUUCCCAAAUUCCGCAAUGGCUGGGAACCACCCAUGGAAGUCUUCCGUGGAGCUCCCUGGGAAAUAGACAUCGGACACUUGCAAGAAGAGCUAUCAUCAGCCAAUGGAUAUCCUUACCGUAACUCCUCACUCAAGUGUGGCCAGCCAGCUGAUCAGACGCAAGCUGUGGAUGCCUUCAAGCAGAACGUAACUCAACAUGUAAAUAGGAAUUUUGAGGCACAGGGAAUGGUCCCACCGAAGAGAUAUGCCAAAAUCCGCUACGACUUCACUGCGCGAAAUGCCAAUGAACUCUCAGUGCUUAAGGAUGAAAUCCUGGAGGUGUUGGAAGAUAAUAAGCAGUGGUGGAAGCUGCUCAACCGGAGUGGGCAGGCUGGUUAUGUCCCUUAUAACAUCCUGGAUGUGGUGAAACUGGAAGAGCUCGAACAGUCUAAUCAGAGGUUCAAAGGCGAUCUGAGCCCCAGAGGAUACGGACCAUCCAGCCCAACUCACAAGCUACCUGCCAGCUAUGCUGGUGACAAAUGGGGAAGUGAAAUGUUAGCACGCAACUCUCCCCAGGAUGCCAAAGAACAACUCAUGCAUCAAAUGGAUGAGCUGAAUGACGAGUUGCUAAAGAAGAUCACAAACAGUAAAAUUCACCCUCCCCAGAGGAAUUUCAAAGUGGAAAAACCUCAGCAAGCUCUUGUGCCCCUUACCUUUGAAUCCAGUGCUGAAGAAGUUAAAGCUUGGCUGGAGGCAAAGUCAUUCAGCAAAGGGACAGUGGAUCAUCUUGGCAUCCUUACUGGAGCUCAGCUUUUCUCCUUGAACAGAGAAGAGCUAAAGAAAGUGUGUGGUGAUGAGGGAAACAGAGUGUACAGUAAAAUCACAGUGGAAAAAAACCAGCUAGAGAAAAACAGAGGGGAGUCAGAGCUCCAAGAAAUUAUGAAGCGUCGCCAGGAGAGGAUUGAUUCUGCUAAUUAAAAUUCUAUCUGCUUUUUUCAGCUAUUAGUCAUAGUAGUACAGAAAAAGGGAAUGAAAGCAAUGAUCCUCAGUCCAGACAAGAGACAGAAGUGCUCCACACUUAGCAGUAUAACUGCCAUCAAAGCAACAAUUCCUUGAACACUGUUGAUAAGGAUAGAUACUAAGACCAUGUCCCAUUGGGAAAGCUGUUCUAGUAUUGCAUGAAGUAUUUUUUUUUUUUAUAUCUAUAUAUUUUAUACUGAAAUUUUAUGUGCACGCAGUCAGAGCAGACCAGAAUUCACACAAAUUUGAAUGUAUGGCAACAGUUGGAUUCAAGCAAAAAGGACCCCACAAAGCUUUUAAUAUAGGGUUAUAUGUGCUUGCAGCCCCCUUCCCGGCAUUGCUCUGGAAGAGAGAGCACGGCACGCUGCACAGAACAAGGCAGCCUGAAUGCUUAAGAGUCUGGACCAUGGAAAUAAGUCUUUUUCCCUCACCUUUCAUUUCCUUCUGUGUGGCAGAUAUCCCUGGUAUCCCACUAGCAAAGGCUGGUGACAAUUUACUGUCCUGCUGCUGUCCUCCCAUGCCCUCUUGUUAGAUGAGGUUAGAAUUGCAACACACGUUAUCUCAGACUGGGCUGCUUCUUUAAAUACAUGUACCAGUUACUGCUGUCUUUGAACAGCAGAAAUGGGUUUUCAUUGCAUAAUAAAGAGCAGGAUCUGAGCAAGGACUGAAGCGAUUUCAGUCUGCAAAUAGAUGAGCUCAGUUUGAUCAUCCCUGCUUGCGCAAAGGCCAGCAGCAGCUCAGGCUCAGGGCAGCUGUGCAGCAGUUUGCCUUGGCCCUGAUCUUGUAUCGGAAAGUUGUAGUAUUGCCAAACCCAGGCCUCAAACAAUGAGAAGAUAAGCCCCUAACAUUUGCUCCCACCUUUAGUCACACCCAAAGCCAUUCCCAGGGUGUUCAUGAUUCAGAUUCAUCGUCACCUUCACUGAGAGGCUUCCGAAAGGUCUAAGAAACCAAAUAGCACUUGGAGUGGCUGUUUUAAUAUAAAA